AUGGCUUCAAACGCUAGUGGUAAGCCCUUUUGGAUGAAACACGCGGAAGACGCGAAAAUCAAGGACGACGGAGAGAAAGACGCUGCCGCAAAAGCAGCUUUUGAUUCUACAUUCAAAGGCAUCGACCAUACUAACACACCUUUGAUCGAAUCCGCUCCGUCUACGGUACCGGAAUCUGAAAGCGAUUCAGAUGAUGAUGAUGAUGAAUCUGAUUACUUAUCGAGGAAACCAAUUGGUCUUGUGGAUCCGAGUAAGUCCACGGCUUCUGGUGCUGGGAUCAGCGGUGGAACGGCCUGUGUGCCGUCUACAUUAGUAGUUGUGACGAAGGAUUCCGAUGGAAGGAAAGUCCCAAACGGUGGAGCUUUGGUAAGGGUUAAAGUCUCUCCUGGUGUUGGCGUUGGUGGUACAGAUCAAGAAGCAGUUGUUAAAGAUGUUGGAGAUGGGAGCUAUGAUGUUACCUACGUUGUGCCUAAGAGAGGAAACUAUAUGGUGAGCAUUGAGUGUAAUGGCAAUGCCAUCAUGGGAAGUCCAUUUCCUGUCUUCUUUAGCCAAGGGUCUUCUUCAAAUGGACUGAUGGGAUCUGCUCCAGCUUCGUACUCAAACUUUGUAAACCAAACAAUGCCAAACAUGCCGAAUUACACUGGCUCCGUUUCCGGUGCUUUCCCGGGGCUGUUGGGAAUGGUUCCGGGGAUUGCACCUGGUCCUUCAGGUGGUGCUAUCUUGCCUGGAGUUGGAGCUUCGCUCGGGGAAGUCUGCAGGGAAUAUCUUAACGGUAGAUGUGCAAACACUGUUUGCAAGCUGAAUCACCCUCCGCAGAAUCUGCUGAUGACUGCUAUAGCUGCAACAACAAGCAUGGGUAAUCUAAGUCAGGUCCCUAUGGCACCUUCCGCUGCAGCAAUGGCUGCUGCUCAAGCCAUUGUCGCCGCUCAGGCCCUUCAAGCUCAUGCUUCUCAGAUGCAAGCUCAAGCUCGAUCAAACAAAGGCUCUUUAGGUUCACCAGAGAGGGGAGAAAAAGAAGAGACCAUGAAGAAAUGUGUCCAAAAUACUCAAAGGCAGAAGAAGCGACCGCUGCUUUGGCAUUAA